GCCGAGCCAACAACCAUGAAUACAUCAGAGAAUUGCGUGAAUUCACUCUGUUCGAUCUGCGGAGACAAAGCAACAGGCAAACACUACGGGGCCUCCAGUUGUGAUGGCUGCAAGGGCUUUUUCAGACGGAGCAUUAGAAAGAGCCAUGUAUAUUCCUGCAGGUUUAAUCAACAAUGUGUUAUUGACAAAGACAAGAGGAAUCAAUGCAGAUUUUGCAGACUUAACAAAUGUUUUUAUGCAGGAAUGAAAAAAGAAGCUGUACAGAAUGAAAGAGACCGGAUAAGCUCUAGAAGAGAUAAAUCCCAGAGCAGCAGUUUACCAUCUAUAAUUGCACUGGCACAAGCUGAAAGUCUCUCUCGGCAGAUCAGUGUGCCCAGCCCUGGAGUACCUACAGAUAUAUCAGCGAAGAAAAUUGCCAGUAUUAGCGAUAUAUGUGAAUCUAUGAAGCAGCAGCUAUUGGUUCUGGUAGAAUGGGCAAAACAUAUUCCAGCAUUUUGUGAAUUACCACUAGAUGAUCAGGUUAGUCUGUUGAGAGCACAUGCCGGGGAGCACUUACUUCUUGGGGUAGUGAAGCGAUCAACCCCUUACAAAGAUCUCCUUCUUCUCGGCAAUGACUAUGUUAUCCAGCGCAACUGUCCUGAAGUUGAGAUUAGCCAAGUUGCAAACCGGAUUUUGGAUGAACUGGUCGUGCCUUUUCAGGAUAUUCAAAUAGAUGACAAUGAAUAUGCCUCUUUAAAGGCUAUUGUCUUCUUUGAUCCAGAAGCUAAAGGCCUUAGUGAUUCCUCUAAGAUCAAAAGCAUGCGGUACCAAGUGCAGAUCAGUUUGGAAGAUUACAUCAAUGACAGGCAGUAUGAUUCUCGAGGGAGGUUCGGGGAGCUGCUUCUGCUCCUGCCUACUCUGCAGAUCAUCACUUGGCAAAUGAUCGAGCAGAUCCAGUUUGUCAAACUCUUCGGAAUGGCUAAAAUUGACAACUUGCUUCAGGAAAUGCUUCUGAACGGAACAGUUAAUGACGCAAUACACACCCAUCACCCUGUGCAUCCACAUCUAGCCCAGGAUCCUUUGACUGAUCAGACUGUUUUAGUAAGCUCAAUUCCACCCCCAGUGCUCACUUAACAUAUUUCGACUCUAGAAACUCCAUUACGAUCCCCUCCACAAGGAUCUGCACCAGAACAAUACAAAGCGACUUCAAACUAA